GUCGUCAUCGGUGCCAACGCUAUACCGACGCAGCAGUCGACGGCUCAGUGAUAAUAUCGCGCGUCACACGUCAACGUGAACCUAUAAUAGACGUUACCGUCGCAUUUGCCGCCGCCGCCGCAACCGUCACCGUCGCGUACGACUAUAACCAGCUUCUUGCCGAUAGAUUCACUUUUCACUUUUCCUACCGCAUAACAAAAAACAAAUACCGUUUCACAUGAUAUAUUUUUUUUGCGCUCGGCAAACCGAUUUGUUUCGAACCCACGAACCUUCGUAAUCGUUUCGUUUUCAUCCGCGACACCUUUGUACUAAAAUUAGCAAUAAUAAUAUACCUAUAAUAGGCGCAAAAUUUUAUUUCCCCAAUUUUUAAUUUUCGAUCCCGUCUCCGUGGUUGCACAUGACUUGUGAGUCUGUGGCCAAAUGUGCUGCGUGGUGAUCGGCACCGCUGGCAUGCAGGACGACGAUCACCACAACCUUCUUCACCACCACAACAACAACAACAACCGUCAUCAGCAACAACACCAUCGCAGCAGUAGCACCAGUAGCAGCGGUAGCGGUAGCACGGGUGGAAGUCACCUGGCCAACUCUUCAUCCUCAUCCGCCGCAGCCGCGGCCGCAGCGGCCGCCGUGUUUCUGCCCGUCUACGAUUUCAGUCGCCGGUACCAGGCCGCCCUGGAUUCGGUGGCCAUGCAUCAGGUCGUAAGCCCGUUGGACUUGAGGGGCGUCGGCGGUGGUGCCGGUGCCGCAUCCGCCGCCACCGUAAUGGUACAGGCCGGUUCUACGGCGGCGUCCGUGUCACCACCGUGUAGUGUCGGCUCGGCCGAGACGACGGACGUGAACGUGGAUUCAGCUGAUGACGAUGACGAAUACGACGCGGCGACCGUCGCGGCCGGGUGCAAUGACAACAACAACGGUGGUGGCCGCCGUAGCAAGACGACGUCGCCGGACGCACAAGUGGGUGAUGGCGAAGACGGUGACAAGACGUCGGGCACCGGUAACGGAUCACCCGUCAAGCCACCGUACAGUUACAUAGCUCUAAUCACCAUGGCCAUACUUCAAUCACCGCACAAGAAGCUCACGCUGAGCGGCAUCUGUGAGUUCAUCAUGUCCCGGUUCCCGUACUACCGUGACAAGUUCCCUGCCUGGCAAAACUCUAUCAGGCACAACCUGUCACUUAACGACUGCUUCAUCAAGAUUCCUCGGGAACCGGGCAACCCGGGAAAGGGCAACUAUUGGACGCUGGACCCAAUGGCCGAGGACAUGUUUGACAACGGUAGCUUUCUUCGCCGGCGCAAGCGGUACAAGCGCAUGCAGGCCCCGUCGGACUUUUUCAUCCACCGUGGCGACCAUCACCAACACCAUCCACACCAUCCACAUCACCAUCCACAUCACAAUCACUUCGCCGCAGCUGCAGACCCAUACUCGGUGUUACACCACCACCAUCACUAUCCUUACCAUCAUCUCGGGCCACCACCGCCACAACUUCAGCAGCCACACCCGUCGCAAGCCCAGCCACAGCCUCUGCAGCAGCAACAACAGCAGCAGGGCUCUCAGUCACAGCAACCUUCGCCGACGCAGCCAGUAGCCGCAAUGCAGCCGUUACAACUUCCGGCCGCUGAGCUGGCGCGCAUAACGUUUGGUCUGAACCUGCUGCACAACGGACAGGUGGCCGCGGCCGCGGCGGCAGCCGCCGCAGCAGCCGCAUACAAACCUCAACACCCGUCGCAGCCACCCGCACUGGUUUUGCACCAGCCCGGCAAUCUGAUACAGCCGUCGUACGCGACCACUGUAGUGGCCGGUGGCGGUCGAUUGGCCGUCAAACAGCCGUCCACCGGGUUCAGCAUCGACUCCAUUAUGGGAAAGAGAUCGUCGCCCGCCGCCCCACCGGCCAACGUGUCACCGGCGCGACCAGGUGGCCGUCAACCACAGCGCGAGCUGGACGAUGACGACGACGACGACGGCCACGACCAUCGUGAUCACCGCGGAGGCCGUCAUCUCGACGCCGCGGUCGUCUCGCCACAGCCGUCGACCAGGCAAAAUUUUGAUUCGGCGUUCACACCGCUCCAGCAGACCACGUGGGCCAGGUGAUGAUUUGGCCGCCGCCACCGUGCGGUCACGAUUCACUCGACACAUGGCAUGGUAACAAUAUAAUUUUUACUGUUUUGUCAUGCAGAGAAGUUCAUCGUGCCGAACAAUUUUAAUACGUACCAACAGUUCGUCAGAGCAAUAUUGAAGAUUCGUAAAGCCGUCAAGCAAACGAAUUGCACUGAUGCAUAUAGCCGGUGUUGAUUUCUCAUCUAGUCCCAAUUUGUCCAACAACCCUAUUAUAAUACUGUUGUAUAAUACACAAUACCUAUAUAAUAAACACAUWCUUAUUUAUAUCUUAUAAAUACGAUUUAGUAUA